UGGGAUAAGCGCGAGUGGGAAGCGCCCUCGACCGAACGAGCAGGCGUAAACCUUUAACGCACACUCACCCUGUGUUUAUUUCAAACUGAACCAUACGCUGAGUCGGUUGUGUGUGCGCUUGUUCGGCGGUCGCUUACUCCCGUGAAGUGUCACUUGGCCAAGAGAGAAGUUAAAAGCGGAAAGUUUUUCAAGGUACAAAUACACACACGCAAGAAAAAAAAGUGCACAAGAGUGUGUGGACGUGUGUGAGUGUUGUUAUACAAAAAAAUAAACCCCUAAGAUAGAAAAGUGCCUUAGAAAAGUGUAUUCGGAAUAAAAGCACGUGCGCACGCCCUAUUGGUUUGCAUGUAAACAAUGCCGAUAAACCGUUGUUGUUAAUACGAUUAAAAGACCGACAGUAGUGUAUGUGUGUGAGUGCGCGCCAGUUGUGAAUGUGAUUGAAGAAAGUCGGUGAAAAGAUAGUACAAGUGAUACAAGAACCCCCCGGGACAAGACGCUUGUGCCCGCCAACCAACCUCCCCCGGUCUAUUGGUUAGUGUUCGUGGUGUUCUGUGGAGAGUCGCCGAGUUCAUCUCGCCCAAGAGGCACACACACGCCCACGGACUCACAGUCCCGUGACAACAAGUCGUCGAAUGAAUCAAUUGCACCACAACCAUCACAUCAUGAGCACGUACGGUGGCACGGUUGAAAACAGCGGCACCACCAACCAGCAGCAGCAGCAACAGCAGCAGCAGCAACAACAACCAAACCAGCAACAGUCGACGCAAAGCAUCGCCGACUAUCUGGCCCAGCUGCUGAAGGACCGCAAACAGUUGGCCGCCUUCCCGAACGUGUUUCUGCACAUCGAGCGGCUGCUCGACGAGGAAAUCUCGAAGGUGCGCGCCUCCCUGUUCCACAUCAACGGCGUGACGAAGGAGCCGCUCCAGCUGCCCGACCCGGAAGGGGAAUCCGUCACGCUCAACGAGAAGGUGUACGUCCCGGUGAAGGAGUAUCCCGACUUUAACUUCGUCGGCCGCAUCCUGGGGCCGCGCGGCAUGACCGCCAAGCAGCUCGAGCAGGAGACGGGCUGCAAGAUCAUGGUGCGAGGGAAGGGCUCGAUGCGGGACAAGAAGAAGGAGGACGCGAACCGGGGCAAACCGAACUGGGAGCACCUGUCGGACGAUCUGCACGUGCUGAUCACGGUGGAGGAUACGGAAAACCGAGCGACGAUCAAGCUGAAGCGCGCGCUCGACGAGGUGAAGAAGCUGCUCGUCCCGCACGCCGAGGGCGAGGACGAGCUGAAGAAGCGCCAGCUGAUGGAGCUGGCCAUCAUCAACGGCACGUACCGCGACUCGACCACCAAGGUCGCGCCCGCCGACAACACGUUCAGCUUCGACCCGCAACAGUACACGGACGACCGGUGGAAGAUGGCGGCGGCGGCGUCGGCCGCCGACCAGCGCAUGCUGACGCAGGCGUCGCUCGCGGCCGCGGCCAAUCUGGCCGCCGCCAACCAGAUGGCGGGCCGGACCGCCCCGAACCCGCUCGGUGCGCCGAUCAUCCUGUCGCCCCGCAUCUCCGUCCCGACGACGGCCGCGAGCCUGAUACCGGGGUCGGGUCCGCCGCCCACGAUCGACCACACGACCGGGCUGAUCUACGCCUCCCCCUACACGGACUACAGCUACGCGCUGGCGGCGGCCGGCAAUCCGCUGCUCACGGAGUACGCCGAUCACAGCGUAGGUGCAAUCAAAAAUCCACGAAGGCAAUAUGCGUCUCGCGAUCAUCCUUACUAAAACCCCCAACCACCACCACCACCAACAACAACACCACCACCACCACCACAACCAACAACAAACUUUUCUCCCCUCUUUUUAUAUUACCUCUUCUCACACACCCCUACUCCACGUUAAUAUAAAAAAGCAUCGCUAAAAACAACUAGAGCAAACAGAGAGAAAAAAAAACAAAAACAAACAAUUCGAAUAAGUUGUGCUGUGUGUGUGCGUGUGUGUGUGUAUGUGUGCGCAAACACUUGGAAGGCCACUAAACAAAAAUGCAACAACUUCUUUUUUUGCCAAACAAACAAAAAUUAUCGCAAAGCGCCCAAAAAAAACGAACGCCUUCAAGCCACCAACGUGUGAAGCAAACACAGCGCAAAUCUUUUACUAUCACACACACCUACUCACCCCUUUGGCAAUCGUUAGAGAGAGAGAGAUAUAUAUAUACACCCACACUCACUCACACACACAAUCCUUAUAAAACCCGGGCGGUGGGGCAAUAAUUUAUCUAAUGACCAUUUAUCUAUAAAGCUACCUAUUUUUUUUUACUAUUAAUUUCAUGCUCACACCCACUUUCACCCUUUAAAAGUUGGAAAAACAACAGCAAAACCUGCGCGCAUACUUUUAUAUAUGUAUUUUAUAUAAUUUGUUGCUCCUAUAUCUUCUACACCCUUCUUCGUUACUUCGAAUAUUAAUAAUAUUCAUACAAUUAUUAAUAAUACUUAAUAAUAACAUCGUCUAGAUCAUGUAUGCAUCAAUAAUAUCUAUAUAAAAUAAUCGCAUUAAUUGCAAAACAAACAAAAUAACGCCAAGGAAUGAUAGAGAUCUGCUACGGAAUGAGGUAAAAACAAAAGGAAACAAUAGCAAUUGUGUAGCUGCUCCUAAAACAAAACAAAACAAAACAGAAAAAAAACCAUUCUUGUGUUUGAUUAACGCCCAACAAAAAUGCGCUGAAUAUGUAUAAUCUUCUAUUAGUAGCAUUCAUCACCGACACUACAACAACCACUUCCGUAUAUUCAUCUUUUCGAUCUGUUUGUUUAUUCAUUGUUUAAUCUCAUUUUUAAAGACUAGCAACACUCUGUUGCUAGUUGAGCGUAUCGGUUAAACAACAGAUACAAGUAAUAGUGCGAUACAAUUAAAUCUCUUCCUUUCUUUGUACUGUAACGCUUCCUUUUUGAACUUGAGGAAUAUAUCUCAUUUUCUCUUAUCUGUUAAUAUCAUCCCUCAUCCCUCAACACAUUUCUGUAACGCAAAAUAUUACAAAAACCUUGUACAACAACACAGAUCUGAGCGCGAUAAACGUGCAAAUUAAUCCACUCACGUGUGAAAUGAUAAUGUGUGUGAAGAAAAGGGGACAUUAUAAUACGAUCGUAUAAUAAUUAUUAAACAUUGUAAAACGUAUUGUGUUAGCUAGCUAGCAGGUAGCACCCAGAGGAUUAUGUUUAGAUGUUUAUGGAAGGAUGGCGGUAAUGUGCGAAAUGUGAACACACACCACCACGCUGCGGCUCUUGUUUUGUUGCAUCAUUGUGCGCAAAUAACGAUAACCUUAAUAUUAGUUUUUAAUUAUAAUAAUAAUACUGUUAACGAACAUUAAGUGUGCACUAAGCUAAACCUAAAAAGAGGAGGGGUGAACUGUGAAAUGUGGACAUCGGAAAGGAUUAAUUGUUCUAGCACUCUACACUACUACUACUACUACUACUACUACUACUACACCCAACUCUCAAUACACUAUCAAACACCGAACUUCUUAACCAUUUCGACCGACCACUACUUCUAACAACUCCUACCUUUUACCCCGUUUUACUUACUGUUCCAAUUUGUUCCUUAUAUUUUCCCCUAUUUGGAGAGAAGAAGAAGAAAAGAAAACCUCCCAAGCAGUACGUAAAAUAACGCUAUUAAAUUGCAAAUUACGAUGCAUUAUGGUCGCAACACCACCUAACAACGAUCCCGUAACACAAGCAAUCCUUUUGACAACAUGAAACGUUAUGUACUAAAAAAGGAUCGACCAUCUGUACUAAAAACAUGAGCAAUGGCUUAUCACACUCAUUCUACAGCACUUAACACACACUAAGGAAAGCCAAGCCGAACGUUUUCGUUCGUGGUAGCACCUCGAAUACACUCCUCACGUUGAAGGCAUCAUAUCGUGUAUGGGAAAACUGUUUUUGUAACUUUUUUGUGACACAAAACAAACUCCGUGUCGUGCGCCGCAUCACCCCCCCUGCUCACUAAAAUGCUAAAAUCCCUUCAAUCUGUACCAUUCAUCUGAUUAACUUCUGGCAAAGCGCAAUCUCUCUCCUACUCUCUGUGCCUAUCUCUCUCUUAAAUUAUGCUUUCAUUAAUUUGUUACAUAGCUUUUUUAGCACACACUGAUAACGACCGAUUAACCGAACCGAUAAUAUGUUGAAUCUAAUACACCUGGUAAUUGAAUAUUUCUUCCUUUGUUACUAUUCGUUAACAUGCACACACAGAGGAGAUCCUUCACUCGUGAAGUGAAGUGAACUAGUCGUUACGUUGUAAUGGAAUAUUUUAACCCUUUAAAAAUAAUUAAUUGUGAGCCUUCUGUUAUGCGGCUCCCCACCGUACGCUUUUUGAACGGCAUUUUUGUUGCGGUCUAGUGUAAUGUUAUGUUGUUACUUUCUUUCAGUUACGUUUCCGACGUCUGUUGUAAGCUGUACAACUUGUGUGUUUUUUAUACUUUUUUUGUUUAAUUCUGUCUCUACUCCAAAUGUGCCAAAGUAUUAAAAAUCGAUCGUUCAAGAAAUGAGAGAGCAAGAGACAGAGAGUGAGAGAAGAUGGUUAAAGGGAGGAAAAAGACGGGACAUACUUCUUCGGGCAAGAAAAAGGCAGUUCAAAACGUUUGUUUAAAAAUCAAAAUCUUUUUAGUCUUCCGGAUAAACACGCACACAAAACCAGACACCAGAUCACCGUCGGAACUCUCUCCAACCGAUCCGAUCCGAUCUUCCGGCUCUCAGAUCAGUCUCUGCUUCCGGUCGUGGGACGUUUUGUUUCUAAUCCCACGGAUGUAUGUGUUUCUUUUGAUGCAUCGAGGAAGUGUGUAUGGAAAGGGAAAAGAGAACAUAUAAUACUCAUCAAAGUUGUGUUGUGUUGUGCAGCGAAGGGGCCAUCUCUUGGGGGUUUUCCUUCAUACAUCAAAGUGUCCUGUACAGCACAGAGAUACAGAUCAUCAGGGAGAGAAGAGGGAAUGUGCUCUGCAACCGGGGAGAUUAAUCGGAUGAAUGGUUCAAUUGAUGAUACACAGCGUACACCCAGCAACAAGUAUAUGCAAACAAAGGGCGGUGCCAGUUUCUUGCUCGAUUGGAGGAGGAAAUUAACACACAAGCGUGACGAUGCGUACAACGUGCAGAAGUAUGACAGAAAAAGAAGAGAAUCUGUGGUGCAAAACAAACGACUGCAUUGGAAUUUGCAUUGCAUGUCGUCUUCCCGUUUUUUAAAUAGUGCUCGAGAACUAUCUGCAAUUCAUACAUGUGUAAAAUUACAUCAACCCUCCAAUACACAAACACACCACCACACCACACACUCGAAAAGAUCUGCCUGAAAGCAACUCAUUCAGCUAUAAGAGAUCGUAUGCAUUUUGAGAACGCAUAAUUUGUGGUGCCAUCGCAACGACCGUGUGCGCAGCAGUGUGUGUUUCGUAAAGCAAUACAAAAUAGUGUAGCAAAAAUGGCUUGCGGCGGAAAUCAGGCACAACCGAAUGCAUAAGAGAAUCAUUUAUAUUUUAUUAAAAAAAAAGUGCUUCCCCUGUUAAAUCGAAAGUCGAUGCAAUUUUUACUUUGCGCUGAGAAAGAGAUAGAGAGAGGGAUUUGCAGGAAGGAACAGACAAGGAAACCAAGUUUCCGGACAAAAUCAAACGCUUCCCAGUCCCGUUUAGUAUCUUUUUUUUCUCUCAUAAGAGAUUUUUAUUGCGCAACAAAGUUUAUCGCACACAAAAUAAUUAUAACUUUGUGCGAUAUUUACCAAUAAAAACACACACACUCUACUACCCUUCAAUAUGUAUGCCUUUUGUGCGGUUGUGUACACUAGCACGAUUUUACCCAAGGUGGCAAUAUCUAUAUACCUUUAUGGAAGGGAAUAUUACUUCAAUAUUAUAUAAAUUAAUCUAUUAUUAGUUUGUAUUGUGUGCCGAGUGUGUGUGUGUUUUUUUGCUAUUUUAAAACAAUUUGAAGUAAUCUCAUUUGAAGAAUCGUCAGUGUGACUUGAGGAAGGUUCGAACAAGAGAAGUUCAGAAUGUAUUGUAAAGCGGAGAAAAUAGAAAAUCAUAUCAAAUGAUUUUUUUUUAUAUAUCGUGAAAUCUCUUUUACACAACCCUCCGUGUCGUAGCUAAGCUUAUAGUUGUUUUUUUUUAUAUUAUUACUUAUAAUACUAAUUUUAACCGUAGCCCUUAACACACCAACACUUACUCUACUCUGUUCUACACAAUGUGCAUUGUAUGUGCCUUUUGCCUGACUAUCGUGUAUUGAUCGUUUCUUAUAUGGAAUGACCAAAACUAAACAGUAAAGCAAAAUAGUUAGUAGCAAGCCCUAAUUGCGGUAUCUUAGCAGAUAUAACAAUGAAAUGUAAAAUCAAAAUGAAAUUAAAAACAUAAAACAAUAACGAAACAAUAUUAACUAACUAGAUAUGUAAGAACAGAAACACACAGAGAAAUGCAAUUAAUUAUGAAACAUACUGGAACUGGUUGGAUUUUACAUUGAGGCAAGAAGAAUGCUAAACACAAACAACCUAUAAACCACUAAAACAAAAGUAUAUAAUUCUUACGGCAUAUUGUAUUUUAAUAGUAAAACCAUUUAGAAUGUGGUAUAAAAAGGGCAAUGAAAAGCAAUCAGAAUAACUCCAUGUUACUGCAAUAUUAGCAACCAUACAACUGUCAACGAAUGACAAAACUCACCGUUAACAAACGAUAAUCAAGUCCGAUGUGUAACAAGUAAUGUGCCCGAGUGAAUAUGGCUGCAACUCCAAUUGGACAUACAUUUACUUUCUCUAAGAAAUUAUACAAAUUAGGCAAUAACCACUACCGUAUCUUGUGGAUGAUGGCCAAUUGAAAAAUAACCUUGCUAAACACACACACAAAAACAAACGAAUUAAAUAUGUUAACAAAAUCUCACUGACCACGCAACUUAAAAACAAAAAAAAAACAUAACACCAAUCUAUCUGUUGCAAUAGCGAUAAUGGUAUGGACAUGGAUGAGGAGGAUGUUCUACUGGAACCUUAUGUGAAAUAUGUGCCUUCUAACCGGUCGAUGGUGUAUGAACAUGGACAUUAAUUAAUAUUCGCUUCUGAUAACCUAUGUGCAAAAACAGCAGGUGCAGCAGCAGCAGCAGUGGCAAUGAAAAUGCAGAAUAAUAUGCUAGAGUUUUAUAACCACUACUAUACUUCUUCUUCUCUCUACCCUCUUUUCUCACUCACACUCAUUCUGCUCUGGUAUAACACAUACAACAAGGAUGUAAGGUGUGUGUGUGCGUGUUGUAAAGCCGACAGCAAGAAAUAAUGAAACAUUUUAAUAAAGCUUAAUAAUUGCACUUCUCUAAUCUACUUCUACUUUUAAUAUUAUUUAGCUACUGCUUACUAGCAACUACCAGCUGCUACUCUAUUCACCAUUACUACUACUACUACUACUACUACCGCUACUACCAUCCGUUUAAUAAUAAUAAUAAUAAUAAUAAUAAUAAAGCAAUUGCUGGCAAACUUUAACUGGACUAGUUUUUAUUAGCUGUAUAUGUAUGUAUUACCAACCAAUUCUCUCUCACCACCCAACACCACCCUCCUAAACGAAACAUAAUCCACGUUCGCUCUCUCAUAUUAGAUAUAUGACUGUGCCAUAACAUGUGUAUCCUAACCUCCUUUAUUUUCGAGAUAACAAUUACUCCUACCACUUCACGCUGUUUCCCCUCAUGUCCCAAUGUCUAAAGAGCUCCUUAUUCCCCCGAAACCAAAGCAGCACGAUCAAGAAAGGUCGCAAAAGAUCGUUCAAUUUAAGCUAAAUUUUAGCUCAUUUUAGCUCAAUUUUAGCUCAAUUUUAGCUCAAUUUAGCUCAAUUUUAGAUCAUUGUUGCUCUAUUUAACUCAAUUGGAGUGUUAACAAUUUUAGCUAAUUUUUACUGAAACAAGUAGAAGACGAUCAUCUUCCUGCUGCUUUGAAUUCCAGUCCCCUAUAGUUCCCAAUCAAUCCAACCACUGAUCCUUUCCUUUAAAACCUUUACCUUCCUCAUCCAAAGUUUAACCAUCAGUUUGCUGAAAGAAAUGUAACCACAUGUGGGUUUGAGAACAACUAAGCAAAAAUACUAAGCAGCUAUAUCUUUCGCUACUACUCACACUCUACUACUGGUUGUGAAUGGAAAGGGUGGAUGAAAAGGACAAUGCUGCGAAGGUUGUGGAUGCGGUAAUAUGCAACAAAAAUCGAAAGUUCGAAGAACGAAGAAACAUCAAUUAACCAUCGAACGAAAACAUCAGUUUCGUAGUCUAAAAAGGCAACUACUACUCCUCUCGCAACUACCUCUUGCUGCUGCUCUCUCUAAUCUUUGCCACCUCGAAAACUAAAUGGAAAACCGGCUAGCUUCAUUAUUACUACCACUACUACCACUUAAUACACUACUUACUACCAUGGUAUUGGAUGGAAUGGUCGGGAUAUGUUUUUUUUUUAUUUAAUAUUUUGCUAACCAUAAUGCUCUACUACAUAUGGAUGGGUUUGCCGUAAAAGUGAAGCGAAUUGAAAUUAUUUUUGGCUGAUCAAUUGUGACUGCAAUUCUUUGUUUAAAUCAUCCCUCAAAACCACACACCAACCCAUGGCUGUUUGUAUAAUACUCUCUCUAGAUAAGAAUGAUAAGCAAGAAGAGGAGCAAAAGAAGAGCAUUUAAUGUGCUUAUCACACUGGCGACACAACACGAACUGUGCAAGAUAUCUUAAUUAGCAUGAAGGAGGGGAGUUUUUCGAGACCGAAGACCAUAUCUUUUGGGGUGUCGUCUUUGGAUAAGAGCAUCUCUACCGUCCCAAAUAAGGUGAUGUUCUUCUGCAUACGGUUUUAUCAGUUUAAUUGCGUGUGGUUGGUAGUAGACACACCCUGUCUGCAGAGUCAUAGUUUCUUAUUAUCUUGAAUGGCCUUGUACGACGGCAGAAAGGCAAGAAGUUGUAAAAAUGAUGGUACGCUUCUAAGCGAAAACGGACCGAAACCCGCGUUGAAAGAUCACAGUUGCUAAGCUAAGACACAUUGUAGCUUCUCUCACUGUAGAUCAUCUUGCGCUUGCGGCAAAGGAGAAGAGCGAUCGUUCGGAGUAGUAGUUACAGUUGGCUCCUCUCGGAACGAAAUUCGAUAGUAGCGCGCGCUGAGUGUGGUGACCACAAAUUCCCGAUAGUUGUGUGUUGUGUUUGGAAACGCCUCCCUGUGUCCGGUUGCUUUCCCAAGAAUUUGUUCACGUAAAACAAUCUCUUCCUUUGGGGCACGUUCGGCGAGACGAUUCUAUUGAAUGCUCAUCGGAAAUGUGUGUCUCUCUCUAAAGAGUGCCCUGUGUCUUCGAUUCGGCAACUUAUUCAAACGUAGCGUAUCGAAUUGCCAAUCGAAUUUGUAUACCCGUCUUCGUAAAAUCUAUUUCAUGAUCGUGUUCGAUUGUUCUUGACGUGGUGUAGGGCGUGUGCACAACGGGGCCGCCGCGUGGACAUGCAUCUAAAAUAGCUCGUGGAACCGCGAAACCGACUAACUCUGCCGGUGGUGGCGGUUGCGCUAAAUUAUUUAUAGCCCGUGACACACACACACACACACGCAGAGACACACCACAUCGUGAAAGAGAGCAAUCUCCUCCACGCCCGACACUGCUGUGGCCGGUUUGAAGCGCAGAGCUUCCCUACAAACGCGCCCUACGACGCGAACCACACACCGCUGCGCGCGCGCGUCCGUUGCGCUGAUCUGCACGCGAACCUUUGCGCAGCAUUUCGAACACAAAAAAAGAAUAAUAAAAAAGGUCAUUGUACACGCACAUACCGUUUGUCUGUUGCGUGUCUCGGCGCCGCCGCGGAUGCAGCGCUGCGACUGUCCGUCCGCGCGUGUGUUUGUCCUCCCCAAGUUGACCUUAACGGGACGCUGAGAGGGAAAGAGAGAGUUUGUCCCUGUGAAACCUCUUCUUUUUGUGUGUGCCAUUUGGAAGUGGCAUCCGGUUUUGGGAAGACCAAACUAGUGGGAGGCUGCUGCCUCCCUAUAUUCGCCCAUGCGUGCCUGUACGUCAUCACAUGACGGUAGAAGCAGGAAAUUCACCCAAGGAGGAAUUUCGGGGAGUUAAAGAAUCGUGCGAGCGCGUCUCACUCCCCCAAAAAAAAGCACUGAUUUAAAAACGCAAAAUGUGUGUUGCGUUCGGCAGACAUUUUCCACCGCCUUUGCGCCUUUAUUGCUCCCCCUGGAGGUUAAUGAAGCAAUAGCGAAUGUUCCGAACAUUGCCCCCCGAGGCACGACGGCGUACACAACAACACCGUGUGUUACGAUGAUCUGCUGCAGGAAAAUCCAAUUUAAACGCUUUUUUUUGUCCACGCAUAUUGGUCCUCAUGGUCGUCGGCAUUUAGGCACGUGGUGUCUAAGAGCCCGCUUAAAUAGACCCACAGCACGACUUCUUCCCCCUCUAAACAUUUCAUUUCCAUCAGCGCCUCAGAGGCAAGAAAAUGAGAUUUUUGUUGUUGAAAGUGAUGAGAGCGUGUUUUUUUGUGUGUGACCGGAAAGAUUGCUUAUUGGCGCACAGUUGAUUAAAGAGGGCGCACGACGAUGACUGCGCUCACUCGCUCCCAGACGUCGAUGUUUACGUGCCCUUUUGGUAGCCGGUGAGGUACCCGUGCCCGAAGGGCUGAUAAUAGAGGUGGUACACCCUUUACACAACAUUACACUGGGUUGUGCGAAAACGUAAACGAGCUCUCCACUACUGCACCCGAUGCGUGCAAAGAAGCGAUGUAGCAGAAAGGGGAGAGGUUACAAUCGGUUUAAUUAAGCACCAGAAGAAAGGCACCAUCGCCAACACAACACUCAGCAUCUCAGCUCUUUCACAUCAUAGCAGAGUGUAGUGUCCGAUCGAGUUCGAUCGCGGGUAUAAAAGACCUGUUAAGGCGGCGCAACUGUCAUCAUCAUUUCUCUUGGGGGGUGUAAUAGUUGAAGCAGCGCUCUGCCUGCUGCUACUGCACCCUGGCAGAGGAAGAUCACAGCACAGUCCUUGACCUAGCGCGCGGUGUGUGGUGAUGUGCUGCUGCUUCGUGUACGACGCACUGUGAGAGAUCUGAUUAAUGAUCGCUCUGUGUGCGCUUUGCAGUCACCAUUUCUCUGCAGGCGAACGACAGACCGGCGACAUCGUAAUGAUGCAAAUAUACAAAAAGGGAAAACAGAUUACUAACAGGGUGAGGCAGAGCGGCGUAUAGAGAUGAGGUGAAUAUGUGGCUUGCAAAUGCGAAGACAGUACACACAUCGGAGCGGCGGCACAUGUGUCUAUAGAAAAAUAGUGCAAUCAAAGGGAAGGAUUGUUGUUUAAUCAUCAUCGUCGCUGGUUGUUGCUUCUAGUUGCAUUAAUAAGACCAACUGUGUUCACAUUCCAGCUCCUCUCUAAGGAAUGCCACUCACGUGUCGUAUGUCCACUCUCGCAAGUAGAAGUAGUUGAAGGCGACAACGUCUUCCAUUGGAGGACGGUUUGCUGUUUUUGCCGCUUUUCAAACUCUCAAAUGACUACACCGGCAACAAGAGCUAUAUCCAAACAUUUUGUUCUUUGGAGAGGGCUUGUGUAAACAGAACACAUUCCUCGAAAGCUCCCCCCCCCCCCCCCCCUGUACGCCUCAGAAUCUCCGGCUUGUCUCGCAUAGUUCAGAGGUGACACACACAUCGUUUUCGAGAUAACGCGUCCCUGCAGACUCUGGCAGCACAGAGGAAGAUGGUGAUAGAGAGGAGGACCCAAGAUCGAUAAGCAUCAUCAACUUCGAUCAUCGCGCUCUCUAGCACCAGUUUUCGAAGUUGUUCCAGCCCAGCUCAACAUAACACAAACUAUAAGGAAAGGAAAAACAAGAUCCCUUGUGCGUGUGUUCUGUCCAAGAUUGCCCGUUUUUUGCGAAUAUCUCGCCUUCGCUCGCUCUCUUCACCCGCUAACCUUGACGAGUUUUUGCUGUAUGUCACACCGGCUCUACAGCCAAAGGUGUAGGGGGACCUACGCCACCGUAUCGGUCCGUGUCCCAAAACACAGCGCCGCUGCUGCACGCAGUUGAACCAACAUUCUGAGCUGAUGCUGGGUGAGGAGGUGGCAGUACCACCACCACCAACAACAACACACACCGGGUCGAAAAACCGGUCGGUUGAACUAAUCAAGCCGUUCGACUCCGGCGACAAACCCUUUCCAAAGCGAAGUGUCUCGGUUGCUGCCGGUCAUGUUGUUUUCUCGUUUUAUGUGCGUUCUCUCCCCAGCUCCAAUGUUUCUACUGGUUGGGCUUCAAGAAUAUGACGAUUUGCCGGGGCGGCAGAGCUGUUCAGAAAGGGGAAGAGAGGUUGCAUAUCACUUGUGGUGCCUAUAGGUACUACAUUGGCGGUCGUCCAAAGCUUGGAGUCUAUUUGGAGGAUUUUUUUUUUUUAAGAUUGGUAUGCAAAUAUGAAGUCCGUCCGUCGGAAAUUCUAGAAACCGAAGGGUAAAGAUCAUGCAUCACGGCUUAGGCUCACGGUGUUACGAAGGACGGGGUGACACAUUGGGGUAAAGAAGAGUGCCUCAGAACCAGUUGGUGGUUCUUCGUCGCAAACCACACAAUGCUACGAAAUCAUAAAAUUUUGAACCAUCAUAUUUUGAUUAGCUUGGAUUUAGCUUAUGGGAGGAGCUGCAAAAGCAAAUCCCUGUCCCGAGACACUCCCGACGCGGGUUGAUUGGAGAGGCACAGCGACAUUCUUUUCCACCCUGAGAGGGUUGAGCUGCGCGAUAAGAGCUGCGAAUCGGUGCGUUGUCUCUAUGGAGUGAACACACUUGUGACAACUGUUGCCCUGUUACUGCUACGCGCCUCCAAUAGAUGCUGUUAGAGGGCGAACUAGGGAAACUGUUUGGAUACGCCCUGCAAACCGGAAUCUGGACGAUACAUUAUCGUUAGCUCCACGCCCGUCGUUCCUGCGUGUGUGUGUGCGCUUUGUGUUCGUAUGUGAAGCACAGCUAAAGCAAACAAAACUAAACCACAUACGUGCUGCUCUGGUGUGCUGCUGUGGACGCCGAUUGCUGCGCCCGAUGCAACAACAGAAUGUUGGUGUAAGCGCAAAAGAAGGGUUGGGGGAUUCGGUAAAUAAAUAGAAAUAUUAUACGAUCGCCCCAUGAUGAAAAUUGUUCUCUUCGCGCAUCGAUGAUUGAUCGUUUGGGUCUGGUGCACGCGUGUCUGGCAGUUUGUGUCCGCAUGCGUCCCCGCCGUGUCCCACCCCAAUGGCACGCAAUGACACCCCACCAUCUACUCGUCCGUGUAUGGUCAGAGUGACAAAAAAGUUUUUAGAACAGUUUUAGUACAGCCGUAUUCAGAAGAAGUACAAGUUCUUUUUCCUUUCCUGCAUUCGUCUCUCUUUCUCUUAACUCAUUUUAUUAAAUUAUAGUUAAAAAGUAGAUCAUAUUUAUUUUAUUAAAAAAGAAUGAAUGUUUUUUUAGAACAAGUAAAACAAUAUAUAGAUUUUAAUAUAUUUACAUCACACACCCACUCUCUUUCUCCGGUGCUCUAGAAUAUUGUAUUUAUUAUGUUAUAAAAGGGCGUUUCUCUGGCACGUGUGGAAAUGCACCGUGAGCCCAGCCAAAACACCCACCUGUACAUACAUUUACUGCAAACAGGAUACACACACAUAUCUCUCUUACUAGAUCGUUUUCUCGAUCGAUCGACGGGGCGGCCAAUGUGUGGCCUUCUUUACGAAAAGGAGGUCCGCGGCGCCCGUCUUUUAGCUUUUAGUGCAAAACUUUCGGUAUUUUUUAUGUAAUAUAAUUAUGAUACCGAGCGAACAGUGUUAUGUAAGUGUACAGAUUUCCAUGACGUUUUACUUUGAAAACAUGUCUUCCCCGUCCUUCUUAGGUAGAAUGUUAUUUCCAUCCAUCCCCCCUUAUCUAACCCAUUAUUAUCAUGCAGAGAUUAUGUGGGGCGAGGGCUGGCAUGCUGGAUGACCGGGCUUGGUCCUUAGUUAGCCAUAUUAAAACUGUUCAAAGGGUUGGUGGACACACACAAAAAAUGGAACAGGAUUUGUGAUUAAUAAUCAACCCCUAACAUAACUAACAGACGACGCUACUACACCGACAGUACCGAGACAUUACAUACUGAUACGCAAGCCAAACACGCCAACAAACUCCAUCCCUAAAGAGGUCAACUAACGUGCAGGAAGGAAGCAAAAAAACACACAACGCGAAAAAAAACAAACCCCAUAAAACAACUGAGAAUGUUCUAAAAAAUAGAAAGUGAGGGAAGAGCGUGGAAACAAAACUAAUCAGCGCUUCUUGAUUAUUUUUUUUUGCUCGUAAAUGAUAGUGUGCUCCAUUCUGGAUGCAGUGAGCGCAUGCGGCACAGUUUAAAGUAUUUUACAAUAUUUUUGUGUUGUUGUCAUUUUUAAUAAGAAUACCGACCCGUCGGCAUACCAGCCAAGAACAACCCCCACGAGCAUGAUAACAAGUGUGGGCAAGAUUAGCUAAUGAAGCGCGUAGAACGUGCUACUAGUGUGUAGGGUAAUGCCAGGAAGUAAAGGGCAGCAAAAGCAUUACACAACACCAUAUAUCCCAGUCGCCAUCCUUAUUUCUAGGUAGACAAAUAAUGUUCUGUAUUAUAAAGCUACUAACGGUAGUGAAGCCCGUGAAACACAUUGUAUUGUUGUGGGAUGUUUUUUAAUUUUCUUUUUGUUUUUUAGUGGUAUCAUCAACUAGACAAUUUUUAUUUUGCACACCAGAUCUUAAUCGUUUUUAUUUUUUAUUUCUACACAUGGUACAACAAAACGAAACGAACACAAGCAACAUAAAAUACUUUUAUUGUGCAAAUGUACGUUUUACGGAUCAGUAUGUCUUAGUAGUACAAUGGUGUGUUUAGGAAUCGAGUUUUUAACGAAUAGUUCUAGGAUUUUAGUAGUGCUUGGUGGGAACUUUGAAAUGCUAAUUUAUUUUGGUUUGUUUUUGAUUUGUUUUUUUUUUUUUGUUUAUUAUACAUCAAUUUUAAUCGUUUUUUUAAUGUAAAAUAUUAAUUUAAGGCAGGGUGAAACUUAUUAUAUUUAGAACAAGUCUAAAAGUAUGUAUGUGCUAAAUGUUGUGUAGACUGUAACGCGUGUUUGAUUAUAACGUUAACGUACGGCUGAGAAGCGCAAAGCAAUACUUAUAAAGAAGCUUCAGCUUAACACACCCAACAACAACCUGUCUAAAAUUGUAUCAAAAUGCAGCUAUAGUGGGUUAGACAAUUUGCUCUCAUUCUCGUUUAAAAAACAACGUUCAAAUGCAGUACGUAUCAAAACAAACAAAAUUACUAAUGUAGCAAACCGUAGUGGUCUAAAAACAGGGGGGAAAACCCCAAGGCACGGGGAAACACAAACAAACAACGAAUGCCAUAAUUAAUUACACCUUAUUUUUCGUUAUUAAGUGUUGACUUAAAUGUGUUUAGUAUAAGAAAAUUUAACAAAGUGCCUAGAAAAAGUAGAUGAAAGUACGAGCAAACACACGCCGCCGUCCAAUACAAUCGCGUUUGUACUGUUUUCCGAAGCAUAUGUACAUUCUAAUGCUUCAGAAACAGACCAGAAUGAUGUAUUGUUGCAUCUAUUGUUUUAUUUUGUUUUUAUUACCCUCUGACAAAUUGCAUUAUGCAAAAUGCUCUCCUCUGAAAAGUGUGUGUGUGCGAAAGGAAAACAUAUGUGCGCCAUAAAAUGAAAACAUAAGUAUGCCCUCCCGCAAAAGUAACAAUGCUGCUGUCGGCAUUGUACUUGUACUCUGCUACUUAUUAGUAUUGUUGUACUUGUAAUAAUAUUUUAUUCUACUGUUAGUUUAUAGAAAUCACACCUACAUAUACACUACUCACAAGCCAUCACUUUGUGUUUUACAUGACAAUUUACACACAGUGUUUAAAAGCAAACCACUCACCAUCGAAUUCUUUUUUGUUUACAUUGUAAAACAACGCCACUACUCACCGCACGACACAAUUAAAAAAGUAGAAGUGGGUGGUAUUACAAACAAAUACAAAUACUCUCCUUUCUCUUAGUCUAACACAGAAAAGCGCCAUAAACAUUCACUCUCUAAUAAACUGUGUUUAACCGAAGGUUUUCACAAGAGCAAAGCGUCGUGUGUAGAGUCGCACGGAUCCAAAAAAAACAAAACAAACAAAACCAGAAGCAAUAUUAUUUGCAUACCCAAGGGCAUGUUUAGAGCGUUACUUCACAGCGUUACUUUAGAGCAGAAGCCGAGCGGUUUUAGAACAAUUGUUAAUUGGGCGCGCGCGCGCGUUUAGCUUUAGCAGAGAGAAAAAGGGAUCCGAUUAAUAAUAAUAAUAAUAAUAAUAACGUUUUAAUAGCUACAGGAAUGAAAACUCAAAAAAUUGUAUUCACCACCACCAACCAACCAACCAACCAAUCUAAAACAAACAAACAAAAAACCAACGCGCUAAAGAAAAUAAUAUUUAAUAAUAUAUUAAUUAAAUAAUAAUCUUUCUGGAAAUAAUAAUAAUAAUAAUAAUAAUAUAUCAGUUUGCUCAAAGUUUUUAAUAAAAAUAACUCACUCAUCUGUUAGUUUUUAA